AUUAGUAAGGACCCUACUCUGUAAAUUUCAUACGUCUGGGCGACAGAUGCUAUGUAAAACCAAAGCAGGUGUCCAUUUUGGAUAGUUACACAGUCAGUUGCUCGUCGAUUGAUUGCUCUCAGAAAUGGCGAAAGAUUCUCCAAAAACUCCCAAGACGUCGUCGUCGAGGUCCGCAACGAAUCCAUCAGUGAGCGUGUGGGCAGCACAAUGUGAAAAAUGCUUGAAAUGGAGGAGGAUUGCGACACAGGAAGAAUUUGAGGAAAUCAGAAGUAGGUUUACUGAAGAACCCUUUAACUGCCACAACCAAACCAAUGCUUCUUGUGAUGACCCUACAGAUAUUGAGUACGAUUCUUCUCGAACUUGGGCUAUUGACAAGCCCAAUCUGCCUAAAACCCCAUCUGGGUUUAAGAGGGAAUUGUACCUGAGGAGAGAUUACUCUAAGAUGGAUGCUUAUUAUUUCACUCCUUCAGGGAAGAAACUCAGAUCCUUUACUGAAGUAACUACUUUUCUUCAACAAAAUCCCGAGUUCAGUGACGUUAAACCCUCAGAUUUCAGCUUUACCAGCCCCAAAGUUAUGAUUGAUACCAUACCCUCUACCGCUCUUCUUGCCAACUCUCACAAGAAGGGUGCAGCUAGUAGCACUAAAUGAGUGCGGUGCGUCCAUGGAUGGAGCUGGAGUUGUUCAUAUGCUUAGUAGAUGCUGUGUUUAGACUUUAGAGUCUUGGUAAUCUUAAAGGCUCAACUUAUUCGCCAUGUAUUUUUGUUAUUUUCCAUCUCUUUUUUAUGCAAAAUACAUCUCAACUGCUCAAUUCACUUUUUGUGGUGAUGGAUUUGAUUUGACCUUAAAGCUGUGAAGAAAGGAAAAUUUGUUAGCCUUCUUUAC